AUGCCGACACUCGCCUUGAUUAACUUCAAUAUCGUCUGCGCGACGCUUGGAGGUUUUAUUUCCCUCUUCGGACUAGUAUCCUACCUUUGCAAGGAGAAGUUCUACCUAUCCGAAGCAUUAAUCUCCCUACUAGCCGGAGUAUUAUUCUCUCCUCAUGCAGCCAAUUUCAUCAGACCAGAUGACUAUGCACUACACUCAGAAGAAAAUCUAGAGGCAAUCACAUUGCACUUUACCCGUCUAGUGCUAGGCGUGCAGCUAGUUCUAGCCGGAGUCCAACUCCCAAAGCGGUAUCUACAGAUCGAAUGGCGGAGCUUAGGGCUACUCCUCGGACCAGGCAUGGCUGCCAUGUGGAUGUGCAGUAGCCUAGUGACCUGGGCCAUGGUUCCAAACUUGAAGUUUCUCCAUGCGCUGAUUAUCGGGGCAUGCGUCACCCCAACCGACCCCGUUCUGUCUAACUCCAUUGUCAAGGGCAAGUUUGCAGAUAAGCAUGUUCCCCGUGAGCUGCAGAGGAUUAUUAUCGCUGAGUCUGGUGCCAAUGAUGGCCUUGGUUACCCGUUCCUUUUCUUUGCGGUUUAUCUUGUCCAGUAUACUGGGAUGGCAAGCGAGAGCUAUAGUGGUGGUGCAGGGAAGGCGAUGGCAUUAUGGUUCUAUGAGACCUGGGUAUACACUAUUAUUCUGAGUGUGGUCUAUGGAACUGUGGUUGGUUGGAUUGCGAGGAAGUUGUUGCACUGGGCGGAGGAGAAGCGCUAUGUUGACCGGGAGAGCUUUUUGGUGUUUGCCAUUGCUCUUGCACUAUUCAUCGUAGGAACCUGUGGUCUGAUUGGGACAGAUGAUCUUCUUGCCUGUUUCAUUGCUGGAAAUGUAUUCACGCAAGAUGACUGGUUCCGACUUGAAACCAUGGACGAUUCCCUCCAACCGACAAUCGACAUGCUUCUCAACCUGUCUGUGUUCAUGUGGUUCGGAGCGGUCUGCCCAUGGUCAUCCUUCCUGCACAACGAAGUGAUUCCAAUCCAUCGGCUCAUCUUCCUGGGAAUCUUGAUUCUCCUAGUUCGCCGUCUCCCGAUUGUCUUCGCCAUGCACAAAUGGAUUCCUCAAAUUGAGCUUGUCUCCCAGGCUGCAUUCGUCGGCUUCUUUGGUCCUAUCGGAGUAGGCGCCAUCUUCUACUUAUCAGUCUGCCUUGAAUUCCUACGCAAGAUUCAAGUCAACGGUGAAGUCUCAGAGGACAUAAAGCACAUCAUGGAGACCGUCCAGGUCGUGGUUGUGCAUGGACUCUCAGUCCCCAUUGGAAAGGCCGGCUAUAACCUCCCGGCAACUAUUUCCAACGUCAUUAGCACUAGCGCAUACGAGGAGCGCGAACCGGUCCCCAUAUCAAAUACCAGCCACACGCACAGCACGGCCACACCUCUCACAACAGGGGAGGAUGCGAGUUACCGUAGCCGCAAGCGUGGAUUCCGGAAUGCAAACAUUCGCCCAUUCUUUGGCAUUGGUGGUUCGGUGAUCCGUCCUCGUUCGCCAUCCCACCAGCCCGGCGUGGGUCAGGAUGAUGAGCCGGAAAGACCUGUUCACCUGGUUCAGCCCGAACCAGAGAGAUCAGUUCACGUCGUCAUCGAUCAGACUAGAAGUGGGGAUAACAAGCCCUAG